CUGAUACCCCAUAAUUAAAUACAAUAUACUCUCAUAGAGACUACCUUACACUGCGUUUAAAACCAAAAUCACAUUGGAUAGAAACAGGGUGCUUCUGAGGGUAAAAAGAGGGCAAGACAGUUUCUUGAAGGAAAUGUGAGAUACAGAUGCAAUAAUGAAUCAAAGAGGACACAGGGAGCGAUACAACUGCCUCCCCUCCUCAAGAUGCAAAGGAGCUGAAUGGAUUAAUUUUUGCCCAGAUCUUUUCUUCUCACAGGCUGGGUCUGUCUGUCCUUGGAGAUGUUUAAAUAUAACAAAGGCCAAGCUGGAGCCUUUGGUGCCAGAGCAGGUGCCUUAAAGCAGCUUCUGGCUGGCAGAAGCUCGUCACACCCAAGCAAUGGGAAGGUGGGCUUCAGUUCUGUAGUUUGCAUCCAGUCAGGCAGCAAGGUAGGAGGGCAGAACUACUUCACAAAUGUCUGGGUGAACCUUUUAACUCAUAACCAAGCUCAGAGCUCUCAUCAUUUCUUGGAAGUCUCUGGAAAUUUCCUCUACUUCUCGUCUCUGUUUAACCAAAUACAUGAACUAUGUAGCUGAAGUGUCCCAUUCUGCAACAUGAUGAGACCUUCACAACAAAAAAUAACAGAACCUUCCCCCCCCCAAGCUAGCAAUAACCACUCCAUCAUUUGAGAGCUACUGACUUUUAAGUAAUGACUGCAUCCAGUUGUUGUCCAGCAAACUAGGUGCUGCUCAUCCAGGGCUUUGAAGCAGAGAGUCUUAAACUUGCAUUGUAGAAUCUCAGUGGAUUUAUAUAGUGUGUAAAUCUUGGCUGUCUCCCCCAUGUGGGCUGCCUUUGGUGCACAGCCAUUCUUUGAAACCAGGAGCUGUCCUGGUAUGAUGUGAACCCAGCUUCAGACCUUUUACAGGGGAAGCAGUGGCUUUAUCCAUCAUGUGACAUAAACAGAUGGGUGGGCUGGGAAGCGCUCUAAACAAGCCGAAACCACCUCCUAAACAUGAAUAGUCUCGGAGGCAAAUAAAUCCUUUUAAGGCAAGAUUUGACUAAACUAAGCCAUUUUGCUCCUGCUCUAGCCAUUCCACGGGGAGAAGAGACUGAGUCUGCAGCCAGCCUCCCCUUGAUCCUUGCCCUUUUUUGAAACGCCUUUGCCAGCUGGCAGCCAAAAAUAGCUUCCAUUCCACACCAUAUUUGUGCAAGAGACCAGAAGUGACUUGGAAGCCGUUCAGGCCUCCUGUCUUGCUGCUGAAACAUACCAUACCUUCUCCCUACAGCCACUCAGUGGCAAUGCAUAUCACACAGAUGAAUUGGGAAUGCCUUCUGCACAUCUUCUCCUUUUUGGAUAAAAAGAGCAGGAAAAAUUUAGCCCAGACUUGUGUUAAGUUGUUCAGGGUCUUUCAGGAUCCCUCGUUAUGGCCUCUGCUGCAUUUUCAUUCUCCUGCAGAACUGACCAAGAACAACUUUGUUCUGGGACCAGCCUUGCGCCACCUCUCCAUCUGCUGGCAUUCCAGCCAAGUCAAAGUGUGCAACGUUGAGAACUGGAUGAAGAGCACCUUGCAGCAGAACAUCUGCAAGACCCACGAGCACAUAGUCAAUAACUUUUUACAACAGGUUUGCAACAGAUGCCCAAACUUGCUGUCUUUGAUGCUGUCUGGAUGUGGCCAUGUCACAGACGACUGUAUCACGCUGCUUCUGAUGAGCUGCUCCUGUCUGAACACUCUCCAACUUGAAAACUGUGUCCAGAUAACUGACCGGACUUUGGAAGCUGUAAUCCUCUACGCUACAGCUUUAGAAAUUUUACAUGUGGACUUCUGCAGGAACAUAACUGAGGCUGGUUUGCAGCAAGUCCGUAAAAAUCGUCCAUUGCUCUCUCUAAAAGCAGAGAGAAGUGCAGACAUGAUCCCAGACAAAAAGCCAGGCAGCAACUUGCCUGCAGAAAGAGCGUUCAAGAAGCUGCUGUGGCACUAAGCCAAGAGAGAAGCUGCCGGGCUCUGUGCUCUUUCUGUUGUGAGAUGGUGACCAUGCACAUACAGGCAGCUAGCUGUUCUCAUGCACAAACUCACUAAAUUGUGAGAAUGGCAAAGCCCUGGAGUUAGGUACUCAGAACUAGCAACCUCACAGCUGACUGAAAGGUUUGCAGAGCCAGAGGAAUUUGUGAAGUGGGGUGUGUGGAACAGUUCCUGAUGGUUUGGGAACAUUAAGUGUUCAAUUUCAUAAAGUGCUUUGGCUUUUGUGCUUUUUUUUCUUUUUUAAGAUUACUUAGUAAGAUCCAGAAAGAACCCGCUCUUGAUGUUGUGAGAAUGCAUUUUUUCCUCCAUUUGGGCAGGGAACAACUGGGUCCCUCCAGCUGUUUGACACCAAGCUCUUCCCUGACCAUUACUAUACUGCCUUGGGCUGGUGUGAGUUGGAGGGUCACAGCUGCUUUAUUUACUGGAAUCUCAAAAAUACCUCAAAAACUGACAAAGGAAAUUGCUACCUUACAAUGGCUUAAAGUCUACCGUGUCUCUUAGUGCAAAUGAUGUAAAUCUAUUAACUGCAAUUCUUCACUACUCUUUACUUUUAUACUACCUUUCUUUGGAAGCGCUCUCAGAUUACCACUCCUCUGGGACUGCAACAAAAAGUAGCAUUACAUCCACAGCUGCACAAUUAGGACUAAUUGUUGAGCCACAGACAAAAGUGAGCGAACAACGCACAUGUCCUGUUUUGAUGUUCCAGCUCUCAUUGGAAGUCCUGUAGUUUCAUGUGCCAGAUUACAGAAGCCUCCAUCCCGGUUUCAGCUGUCAACCUCAUUUAAGGAAAUUAAUAUACUGUGGAAGAUUAGUUUUUUAAGACUUCUUACGACAAACUGGAGACCCAAAUGGCGAGCCAUGGUUCUGGGUCCGCACCAUGUCAAAUAUUGACAAAACCACAAUUCAGUUCUUGAAUUUGCUUUAUUUUCUCUGCAUAAGGAACCCUGGACAGGCAUUUCAAAUUAAAACAAAAAUAAAUAUA